AUGGAGAAUUCAGAUCAAACCAAUUCACCAUAUAAUCCAAUCAUUAAUCCUAAAUACUCCAUUCCAUUCAAAAAGCCUCUCUACUUCAAACUCAAAGAUGUGAUUGCCCAAAAAGUCAAUCCUAUGACUCCAAAGCUACCUCUUUUCCUGAAAAACAUUCAUGUCACUGUAAAUCAGAAGUUAUUUGUUAUUGCAAUUAUUACCACUUACGUUGUGCAAAACACAUUAGAGGUUAUUGGUUGA